GAAUUUGUUAAUAAUAUUUAUUUGCACUGUAAUGGAAGUGGAACUUCAGAAAUAUCCUCUUUGUACUAAGAAGACAAUAAUGGCAUCUCAUCCCCGCUGCACGUUGGGAGGUACACCAAAAGUAAACGACGGAGACUUUGUUGCUCAAAGGUACGCUCGAGAGAUCAAGCUCGCUUGUCUUUUAAAAAAUGAGCCUAAGACUGACUGGAAGCAAAGCUUAAAAUAACACUAUUCAGAAACAAGGUGUUAUCGGAACUCUUGAGAAUUAUUCCCUCGAUACUGAUACAAAUCUCAAACAAAAGAUCAAUUAUUUCUACAAGGGAUAUAAUAACUCUAUUAACUACAAAAAGUGGAUGGAGUUUAAAGAAGACGCCCAAGUGCAAUCAGCCAAGAAUGAAGAGUCAACCUGGAAAGAGAUCUCUAAGAUCGUUAAAGAUGAUGAAGCCAUUAACUGAUUUAAAUCGAUGGAGACUCCAAGAAAGGGGAAAUGAAAAAAGAAAUCGAGGUGUUAUAGACACAGAAAUAAGUUAUUAAGUAAAGAGAAAUUUGAUACUGAAAAACAUAGUAAUUUCAGUCAUAGUAGAAUGUUUACACCAGAGGCUAAUGAUUCAGAUCAAUUCCAAGGGGUAGAUGCGCAUCCACACAAGACACUCAGCAUGCACAACAGAUUCUUUUCAUUUAAUAGGGACGAUAGUAAUAAUUGAAUGGCACUGGGAGCGUGAUCACCUCAUAGUUUUAAGAAUCCUCAUUCCCCACUCAGACACGCUAACACUAGAAGACCUAGUGUAGCUUUUCAGAACCACCAAGGGAAGCAUGGAGAGUUGACAUUAAGCCCUUCCAACGCUAGUUUGAGCCCUUCCAAGCUAUCUGCAAGAGUAGAUACUUCUAAAAGAAGAGAUGCUUGAGCAAAAUCUAAAAAGAUAAAGCGAAGACAAUUGAAGACUUCAUUCAAAGGAUUCAUGACUCAAAAUCCUUUUCUUAACAAGAUCAUGACUGCUCAGAGGAAGAAAUGCAAGAUUAUUGGCUACCCUAAGAAGAACCCUAAGAGCAUGAAGAUUAAAAUUGAUAAGAGACUUACUGAUGAAAUAAUCGAAAUCCCCCCUAAAGCUAAGAGAAAUAGGUGCUUUAGCGUCGACGAAAGGGAAGAAGAAACCCUUCUUUCCUCUAAAAAAUCCAUUGAUGAAGAAAACACAACAAAAAGAAAAGUAAGGAAAUCAUGGCUGUGACAACCUUCCCAAAAGGAUGAGAGUCCUAAAAAGACUGAUGCUUCCAAUAGCCCUUCAAAGGCUAAUAUUCUUAACAUAUCUCCCACUUUUCCAGGUAGCACAAAUACUGGGACAUCAUCACUGCAUCCUUCAGAACUACUAUCUUUCCUAGAGUCUGGAUCAGUAGAGGCUCAGCCUCUACUGCUGAAGAGACCACAAAGAAUACUAUCCCCGAAGCCAGCAGUAAAAGUUAAGUUGAUAAGGCCAAGAAGAACAAAAAAACUAACAAAAGAAGCUCUCCUGAGACCUUAUGUCCUUUAAGCUCUCAACUGAUUGGGCUUAGUACAAAAAGACCAUGAGACACUAGGAUAAUCCAUUCUAAUUUGCUUAAUAAUAGAACUUGAA